UCAUGAGAUCAAACUAAGAGCAACGAUGACAUCAACGCGGCUUAUUAUGUUACUGUUUACGCUGUGCUCAAUUGGCAAAAGCGAAGUAAAUCUGGUCGAUGAGAAGUAUAUUUCUUUUGUUAAAGAACAGCGAUUAAAAGAUUUCUGGGAAGAGUUAGAAGAAAUGCAGUUUACAUCAUUGCAUGAUGAAUCUAUGAAAUUUAGCUUAGACACAUGUCUAUCAUACGAGGACGUUCAACGAUUGUAUUCAAUAAACUGGACAAGCCCUACGGAUUCCGAACUACUGAAAAUAUGCCCCGCUUUGUUUUCUCGUGCUAUACUAUCGAAUAGUUGCGAUCAUAAGGAUGAUGUGAAACACUGGGAAGCUAAAAAGUUAGCAGACUCCGCCGUCGAACCGAGGAGCAUGGCUACAGUUUACGGCACGGUAGCUAUUUUGCUUUGCAGUAUGUUGUCGCUCUUGGGGAUUCCUUUGGUACUCUGCGAUCGAAACUCGGCAGCUAUGCAGAUCAUGCUUCAAUUUUUCAUUGGUCUGGCUGUGUCUAGUAUGGCGUGUGAUGCUAUUCUUCACCUAUGGCCAAUGGCUGUGGAAUUGCAUUCACCGCAUCACCCGGGUUCAGGCUCUGGGGUCAGCGGCGAAGCGGAGCAUGAUCAUGAGGGGGGCGGGGAAGGAGAGGGAGACGAGGUGUGGCUGUGGAGAAGUGUGGCAGUGGUUGGGGCUGUGUAUCUGUUCUACAUCUUCGAGACACUUAUGCACCAGUCCAUAGACCACAGACACACUCACUCACUCGCGAGUGAGGAAGUCGACGCCAGAAGAAGAGACCGGAACCAUCGUCACGAACAUGGUCACCAAAAUCAUCAUAAUCAUCAUGGUCAUAAUAAUAAUAACCAUCAUCACCAUAGUCAUCGCAAGUAUCACAAAAGAGAAAGUAGUUCAUUGUCGGACCAUGAAGAGGCGGAGGAGAUGAUGUGUCCAUCCUCGCCGAUCUCCACAGGGGCACGUGUACACGUGCACAAUCACUUCCAGAAGUCCCCAGAGGAUCUCGAUUUGGAACAACAUGCCGAGACUUCAAAUUGCAUGAGCAGUUGUUUAGGAACCAAAGAAGUGCAUGGAUCUUGUGGUGGCGGAGGUGCUGCGGACUUCUCCAAUCUGGAUGCGGGCGUGGGUGAGAAGGGAGAGCAGGAGGUGGACCCCCUGAUGAAUGGAUCAAUCGUUUGCAGUAACACAGCAACAGCAGCGGACACAUGCAGUAGUGUCACAAUACACGGAGGCGUUGGUGUCAGCAGUGGAAUUUUAAAGAACUGCUCUCACGUGAUCACAGUUAGCUCCUGUAGAGACAGAGAAAGGCGCAACUCUGUAUAUGCAGGAGACAUAGACCACGCGGGAACUACUGUGUGUACUGCUGCAAGUAGUAGCCAGCCUCAAGAUAGUACUGCGGGUGUGAUUCCAAAACCGAACAGUUGCUGCAAAUCAACUAAUGGUGCAAACUCCACAAAUGAACAGAAGAGCGUGCAUGCAUUUCUGAAGAUGGCCAAGCAGUCCAAAUGUGUGACGAGUGGACAGGAUACUCGGUUUGGAAUCCCAGAGGACAAGUUCCCUCUAGUCAUGAUGAUCAUGCUGGGCGAUAUGUUCCACAAUCUGGCAGAUGGCCUGGCAGUCGGGGCUGCAUUUGGAGCAGGCCAGAGUGCCGGACUGGCUACUAGUAUUGCAGUCAUCUUCCAUGAAUUGCCUCACGAAUUGGGAGACUUCGCCAUCCUAUUCGACUGUGGCAUUCCAAUUGUGCGUAUUCUGGUGCUGAAUGCGAUAUCUUCGAUGGCAUCCUUCCUGGGCUUGUACAUUGGUCUGUUUCUGUCGGAACACCACAGUUCCGCCUACCAGUGGAUAUUUGCACUCACAGCUGGCAUGUUCAUAUACGUCGCAUUCAUUGACAUGUUGCCACAAAUGAUGCACGUUAACACUAACUCGCCCUGGAUUGUAUUUGGCGUACAGAACAUGGGGCUGGUGCUUGGGUUCUGCCUCAUGUUGUCACUCGCCCUCUUUGAGUCUCAGUCUCACUCCAACGACAACAGCCAUUGACAACAUCCGAACGGACACGACAUGACCCGACACGAGAUUUCCGUGAAAAUCUAACUGGCGCUCACUCGUGUUGCAGAAGCCAAUCAAAAUUAUUUUAAACAGUAUCUACUAGACUGCACUUAAUGUUGUAUACACUAUAUCUAGGUCACUUAAACUUGGAUAAAAAGAGAUAAAGCAAAAAAACUAGUAUUACAGUAUGAAAAAUACUCAAAUGUUAAAUUAAUGUGGUCUUUUCUGUUAUACU